CCUCUCACCUACAUCAUCCUCUCAGUUGUGCGGCGGCGGCGGCGGCGCUGCAGCCCGCUGUUAUCUGUGCGCUGCGCUCUGCCCAGCUGUCACCCCCGGCAUUGCUCCGCCGUGCAGACACACGUAGGCGCGUAUCCGACCGACCAACCCCCUUCUUCCCCCGGCACACACGGAGAGAGUGAAGAGCCGGUGGGACGGUCAAGCCCGGCAGCUUCAACAUUUAAAAAGCCCGGCCGCUGCACUUCUCUGACGGGGACGGACGACGCCGACAGCACCAUGGCAGCUAUGAGACGCGAGUACGAAGCUGGAGCGGGGUCGUCUGGACUACAGGCCUGCGUCUCUACAACAGUGCACAUCAGCCGCGGGCCUGACACACAGCAGACAACGGUUAAUACACAGACCCGUGUCCAGGCUGACAAAACCUUGACAGAGAACCACAUAAACAAGACUCCAGCUCACCUUCAGAGGGAGUCGGAGCGAGGCUGGAGUACCCUGACCGCUCCCAUGCAAACUGUUGCAGCCACAACGCACCUGAAAACCACGUCAUCACCCUACAGCUUCCGCAGCCCAGAGUCAGUGGAGAUGGACGAGAUCAUGGCCGCCAUGGUUCUGACCAGCCUGUCCUGCAGCCCUGUAGUCCAGAGUCUUCCACAGACCGAUCCUGGACCAGCUGGCUCGUCAUCAUCAGCUGACAUGGAGUGUGGCGGUGGUGAGCUCUCUGACAGCGGCAGCAGCGGCUACUGGAGCUGGGACCAUGGCAACGCGAGCCCCACGCCCUCGCCGUCUGUCACCGAGAUGGACAGCAGCCCCGAUGAAGGUCUGCACAUGGAGCUGGAGCAAGGAGAGGAGCUCAGUUCCAAAAAGCCAAAGAGCUCUUGUCGAGGAGUGUACAGGUGUCUGUGGCCCAGUUGUGGCAAAGUCCUCACGUCUUCAGUCGGAAUAAAGCGACACAUCCGUGUGCUGCAUCUAGGCAGUGGAUCAGAUCAGUCUCAGAGAGAAGAAGACUUCUACUUCACCAAGGUCUCCUGUGACAGCGUGGAUACCAGCUCCACUCCAGCUGCUUCCCAGCAGGCUCUGGGCCAAGCGUCGUCCCCUCAUCUCAGCUGGGCCCCCUGUGGUUCUCCUUCGGGCUCUGGGCUCCAGAUCCCACCACAGGCUCACAGGCCCAGGUCCAACUCCAGCUCUGGACUGGGCUCGAGCAGACCCAGUCCGCUCAGCCAGUCGGCCCCGAGCAGCUUCUGGCAGAUCCACACAGAGCAUCUCUAUCAGGCCUGUAGCCCCGUCCAGGUACCUGUGGCCCCCAGCUGGACGCCCGCCACCCCCCCCACCACCACCAUCACCUCAGCCUCUGGCCCCAGCAACACUCCAAUGGUGAAACCUCGUUGCCGGUCAGUCAGUGUUGGAGAACAGUGGCUGCAACAGAACAGGUUGCAGCCCAUGAGCGCGUCGCCGUCCCGCAAUCACGGCUCCUUCAGGAAAAGUCGCGGCGAGGCCAAAAAGUGCCGCAAGGUGUACGGGGUGGAGCGCAAGGAUCAGUGGUGCACAGCCUGUCGCUGGAAAAAAGCCUGCCAGCGCUUCCUCGACUGAAAACACCCACGUGUGGAAGACGAGUGACGAGAGAGACUUUUAUCAACAAAAGAGGCUAUAAAUCAGGGCCCAAGAGCCGUCAAGAAAAACAACUGUUCUUUGAUUACAUGUCCUUUUCUUUUCUUUUUUACUUUGAGCCUGUUUCGUUUCUUUCUUAAAAGAAUGCAAAUUGACUUUUCUGUAUCUUUGUAACUUGAUCCCGAAAACGGAAGUCUGCGAUGGUGCCAACUGUUGACCGACUUUGACUAUGUGAUGUGUGCUAAGCGUACAAUACUUUAUCCAACGGUGGUAUUACUGCACCUGUAGCUCCACAUUAUUAGACUGCAGCUUGGCUGUUUCUCUUUAUUCCAACCUUUUCUUCCAGUGGUUACACAGUGGUUAUGAUGUCCAUGAUAUUGUAUGUAUGCUCUGAGUUACAUAUGAGUAUUUUAUACCUUUUUUUUUUUUUUAAUUGUCAUGUUCAGUCCAGGGGCAGAUGAUUUUUUUUUUUUUUGCAAUUUUCAUGUCUUUUGGCACUUUGUCAGUAUAAAAACUCACAGGAAUAAGCUACAAUUGGUUCGACUCAACCAAGUUCCUUCCAUGAAAUCAUGAAACAGAUUUCCUUCCUGCCCAUGUUGUUGGCCCAUGACCGGUGUUGUAAUGUUUUACCCGUGAAGCAAUGGAGUCAUGGAGUUUAUGGGAUUAGCAUUAGGAGAAUGCGUUUGUAAUAGCAAUAAAAAACAAAACAAAACAAAAAAACAGGAAAUAUAUUGUCAAACACAUUA